AUGGCGCAAGAAACGACAACGGUGCUAACAGCACCGACCAAUACGUCGGAAGAUGCUGUCGCCAGUGAUGCGGACCUGGCCACAAGAGCCAUUGAAAUAUUGAAGGGAGGAAGAAUAGUCACACUACCAGAACCAGCACAGAGAAGCAGAAGCUAUAGAGAACUCAUUCUUCAGGAAAUGAAUUGGAUGGCAAGCGAUUAUUAUCAUGAAAGAAGAUGGAAACUACACGCUGGAAAACAAAUAUCUAUAGGAAUAAAAGAAGCUAUAAUGGAUAGAAAAAGACUUAAUAAAAAUUGGAUAGCUAAUGAAUGUAGCGCUCAUGUUAAAAGGUUCUGGGCAAAUAUUAUCAAUAAGACAGGACGGUACAGACCGGUCUCAGAUGAAAUGACACAAUACUGUCAUAAUAUAGCAAAUAGGUAUCUAAAACAUCUACAAACUGAUAUGGGAGACCCCUCAAAAGAUUAUGAAAUUGGAGAAAGGGAUCUUAUCGCUAUCAUGGUACCACCGUUAAUGCAACAUGACAAUGCAUACACAGAAAUAACACCAAUCAAUAAAAAUGAUGUACUAGAAGCUACAAUACUCAGAAUGCAAUCAAUGGGAGCUGAACUAUAUAGACCUCUAUUUAGACCACCAGAUGAUGAAAUGGAUAUGUUCACAAUGCCACUCAUGGACCCUGCAAGGGACAGUGAUUUCAACUCGCUCUUGGUACAGAGCUUCUGUGUAAAAAAGUGGAACCAAGCACUCAUAAAACAAGACGAAACAACAACUGAUAAUGAUGAACAAUCUGAAGAUAUCGAUAGGGAUUUUACUAGGGAGAAUUGUGACCCAAGCUGCCUUGCGAUAUCACUAAGAGAUUUCGACAUGCAACUAAGACCGAAACCUCUAUUACAAGGAUAUAUGGUCAAAACCGAACUACUAGCAGUCGAAUUCGAACUGCUAGACUCAUGGAUGCUACAACAACCACCUUCAUGGCCAAUGUAUGCCAUAUGUCUUACAUAUAGGUCAAGCGCUAGCGGACUUUACAGAUUCGAGUUCAGCGUAGAAUUCUGCAAAGAAACAUACGAAACACUCAAAAGACACCCGAGAGGAUUAGUCAAUUCAAGCAGAAGACUACUAGGACCAAGACAAAGAAAUGCUAUCACCACGUUCCUAGAUGCACCACCAAAAAAAAGACAUUUCGUACCAAUAGCACCGUCGCAGAAAGAUGCAAAGAGGAUCAAAAACAAAAUAAAAACAAAGUAUAAAAUAUAUAACAAAAAAACAAAGAAACGUUAUAAAAUAUAUACAAGGAAAAAAAAGUCCAUAAUAACGAAAAAAAGGAACCGAACACAAGGCCUUAAAGACAUGUAUAUAAGACAAAAGAAAAAGACAUUCUUGACCAAGAAGAGCGAUAAUAUAAUAGUCGACACCUGUUAUAUACAAAAUGCUCAAAAGGUCAAAAAUGGGAAAAUCACACAUUCAAAAAUACAUAAAAAUGGAUUCAAGAAUACUAAGCCACAUCCAAACGGUCUUAAAACACAGCUAACUAAUGGUAAGAUAUCCGCUAUAAGACAAGAUAAAGAUCUACAAUUAGCACUGCGCUUCUCAAAGGUCAUGAACACCAAUGCAAAAGUGAGGAAUGGAACAGUGGUGCACUGCAAAAAAGGCUUCACUGUGGCAAGACUAAAGGAAACUAUAUGCAAAGAAAAGCGACUAUUAGUGGCGAAAGUGGCUCGUGGGAAUCCCAAACGGAAGGGGUUCAGGUUACCGCAAAAUGCACGCAUGGAAGUUGCACUAGCGUCGAAGAAACGUGUAAAACCCUCAUAUGAAAGCAACAAAAAAAUUGAAGUAAUACCGCUUGUACCUGAUAUGCCUUACGGGGAAUAUAGUAAUCGCAUGAGCAAACAGCUCAGGGUAGGAUUUCUAGGGAUACCCGCAAAAAUGUUCGCACACUCGCUAUUCUAUUCAGGAAGGUUCUCAAAAAAUAAUAGAGUACGAAGGGUCUCCCUCACCAUCUCAAAUACAGGCAAAACUGUCAUGCCACAACCAAACGUACUCUACGCUAGACUGUUCGAACAAGAUGUAGGAGGCAUGUUCGGAAGGUUCAGAACACAAAAUUGGCAAAGAAAUGCAACGUGUGUACCGGACCCACAUGGAGAACUACUACUGAAAAAAUAUACAAACGAGCUCAUGAACGCAGCAGAUAAAAAAUCAAAACCACAAAAUGAGUUUAAACCAGUAGAAAUACUGGCUGCAUACGUUAACAUGAAACUCACAAGAGGGGAAUGCAAAGCACAGAGCACACUAGGACCAACCAAAAUACCUCUCAAAAAUAUCGAACAAGUCGUACACAAUGCACAACCACCGCCACCACAAAAUAACCAAACUACAUCACAAACACGAACAGGAGGCAAUAUGCCAAUGACACACAUCAAAAUACAAGCACAUGGAGUAUCACCACGUGGAACUGCACAAAAUGCGGUGGUACACACAGCAGUGCCUAUAAAUAAUAUGCAAAACUCACAUAUGCAAUUACAUCAUCAACAGAUGCAACAAGCAUCAAUGCCACCAGCACCCAAUCCAACGGGACAAAUGGGACAUGUACCGAUGAUGACAGGAGGAAUGCAACAAGGACACAUGGCUCCAGGACAAAUCAUGCCCAUGAAAAUGGCACAGGGACAAGUACCGCCAGGAUCUAUGCCUGGAAUGCCACAGGCAGGAAUGCCGCAAGCAGGAAUGCAUCCUGGACAAAUGACACCAGGAAAAGUACCACCAGGACCAAUACCGGGGAUGCCAACACAGAUGCAAAUGAACAUGGAACAGAUGAAAAGACGACCACCAAUGGACAUGCCAGGCAAAAGGAGACCCAUGAUGCCAUACGAACAUAUGUACCCACCGCAGGUACAACCUAUGCAAUAUAGGUAUAGGCCUAUGCCAGACGUUAACAUGAUGCGGAUGCCCAUGUACCCGAUGCCAAUGUACAACAAACAAGUACCGUACCCAAAGGCACAUGAAGAUCCGUACAGGGCGCAACACAUGCAAAGAUGA